AUGGUAGAAGAGCUACUCAUACAACAACAAAGAAAAGAGUUGAAAAGGUUAAAAGGAAAACGUAUGUCAUUUGCUGCCAUCUUAAGAGAUAUUGGCGACUUUGGCCCUUACCAGAAAAUUCUUUUAUUGCUCUUUUUCAUACCAUGCUUCACCGUAAUACCGUUUUUCUCCAUGCAUGUAAUCUUCUUGACAGGCAUACCAGAUCACUGGUGUUAUGUACCAGAAGUAGCAAAAUCGAAUUUGUCUCUCGUUGUACAGAAAACACUCAUAAGUCCACCAUCAGACCCACAUUGUUCGAUGUACGAUGUCAACUACACUGAGAUUUUAAUGUCGGAGGAGUCAGAUUAUAAUGAAAAUACACCUACGAAAUCUUGUGAUAAAGGAUGGUAUUACGAGAAAUCAGAAUUUGACGAAACAGCAGUUACAAAAUGGAACUUGGUAUGCAAAGACGAUCAUUACGUGCCUCUCAUUCUUGCUACUACAUUCAUUGGAAAUUUCAUAGGUGCACAGUUCUUCUCAUCUUUAGCCAAUAAGAUAGGCCGAAUAACUACAUUCAAAAUAACUGCACUUAUUAUAACAGUAGCUGAUAUUGGAUCAUCUCUCAGCACCACUUUCUGGAUGGUCAUCUUUCUUCGGAUAAUACAAGGAACGGCAAUAUCAACGAUUUACUCGACACCUUACGCUUUGCUUCUAGAAUUGGUGCGCCCUGAUCUGAGGACUUGGAUGAAUGAAGUUUCAUCAAUAUCUUGGACGGCAGGCUUGUGUCUUGUCCCUAUGCUCGCAUGGAUGACUCGGAACUGGGUGGCUCUAUCUGGAGUUAAUUCAGUCUGCGCUUUUGUUCUUUUCUUAUGUUCUCAGAGUAUUCCAGAAUCUCCGUUGUGGUUAAUAUCUCAGAAGAGGUUUGUGAAAGCCACUGAUGUCCUGAAAAUGAUUGGCAAAUUCAACAGAGAUUCACUCCCUGAAGAUAAUCAGUUAUUGCAAAGAGUGAAGGAUUUUGGAGAUGAAUAUCAGAGAGCUGUGGAAGAUCAAACGGUGAACUCUCCUAGAGAUUUUUUCAUUUACCCUAUACUUAGAAAAAGAUGUGCUCUUGUUGCUUUGAUCUGGUUACUGAAUAGCGUGCCGUACUUCGGACUCCAGAUGAACACAAGGUACCUGGAGGGAAAUAAAUUCGUCAACUUUUUUUUAGCAUCUAUCGUGGAAGUGCCAGCUCACUUUGCAACCUGGAUUUGUUUGGCACGCUACGGUAGAAGGGGCUGUCUCCUCAGCACAUUUGUUACUGCUUCCAUUUCAUGUUUCUUGCCAUUUCCCUUCCAGACUUAUAAAGCGGUUCAUGUGCUAGUAACCUUUAUUGUAAAAGGCUGCACCAGUUCAGCAUACAUAACACUUUAUAUCCAAGGACCAGAACUGUUUCCACUAAUUUUGAGAGCAGCUGGAAUAGGAAUGUGUUGUACAGUUGGAUCAAUUGGUGGAAUUAUAGCGCCAUAUGCGGUUUAUUUGUAUAAAUACGCCGAUUAUGCACCAUUCCUUGUGUUCUCAGCAGCAAUGGCUAUAGCUGCCUUUUGUGCCAGUUGCUUGCCAGAAACGGUUGGGAGAAAUCUUCCUGUGAGUGCCAUCGAAGCUGAAAAUUUCGAGAGAGACUGGAAGUAUUUUGACUGUGCAGGUUGUCCGAAAGUCGAUAAAGUACCAUUAAAUCAAGAAGCAGUUUUCCCCCUUCAUGAAACAGAAGAGUACAGAAGACGUUCAACAAUCCAUAAGGCUUUUACAGCAUUAUUUAAUAACAAAUCAGAGACGGCUAUCUUAAUGAGAAAUACUUUGUAA